UACCAGAUCUAGUCUAGCAUCCCUUUCGCUCUCUCCCGCUGCUCACAUGCGUUCUAGAUCGUUUAAUUUUCUUGGUUUUCAUUUGCUCGCCAAAUUUUAGCAACGUUGCAGGUUUAAUCGGCUGCACCUGCAAUCGCGGAUAAUCAGGGAGCGCCGAGCACUGAGUUCUCAUAGCCAAACGAAACGUCCCGAUUCGCUCGAUUUGGAACUGGAACGGACCAUGAAAACAAGCAAUCUCGGCCUGUACGCUUUCCGUUUAACCUUCGGUCAGGCGCCGCCGCUGUCCGCACAGGCCACGACGCACUGCAGCCAUGGCUUUACCACCAGCUCGUCGUCGCCCAACCGUGUUGUGACCCGCUCGGCCACCAUGCUGGCGCUCUUCGGCAUCGCGCUGUCCUCGUUCAGCCUUAAGCAACUGCUGGCCAAAAAGCAGAAGCACCGAGGCCUGCGCAAGCUCUAGGAUGGAGCUAUAGCGAAGAAGGUCAGAGCUGAGAUCAUAGCGAUGCCAACGCCAACGGUAGAAGCGGCGAUGAAGAGCCAGAGCGCCAUGUCCUGAGGUCACACAUUCGACAACUUCAUCAUCCGCCAUCAUCGUGUAUAUUUGCCUAAGUUAAGUCAUCCACUCAUCACAGACCCAAGCGGAACUCGGACAUGUAGGCUUGUUUUGUAAUAUUCUCGAUAAAUUGAUCGGAGGCGAGGAUCUGUGCGCUUAUAAAGAUAUAUUUUCUUGUUUACACAUGCACAUCAUGCAUCGCCAACUAAAAGGAAUAAAUUUGUGAUACGUCGUGUUUGAGAAAACCCCAUCAGCAGACAAACUGAACGAUGGAGAAAAAGAUUCGCUAAGCUUGCGAAAAUCCCAAAUUUUCUUAUACUCUUCUGUUGCCCGUUUUAGUUAUAUAUAUUUUAUGUGUAAACAAGUCUAUUAUAUACGUAUAUUUAUUUACAAGUUAUUUGCAAACCAGAGAAACGACUAAGUAGGGAGGGAUAAAUACAAGAAUGACUUCGUUGGACAGCAGAUCGCCGAGCAGGCCGUGUCAGUAUCCAAGAAACAAACUAGUUCUAGUUGCUUAUUCAAAUAAAUACAUUAUAUUCAAUUCGAAAA